AUGACUAUCGCCAAAACUUCAUCAGGAACUUCUUACUUUGUGAUCGGUGGUGAAGGUUUCCUAGGUCAUAAUUUAAUUUCAGAAUUAGUUAAAUCUUAUCCAGAUUCGAUCAUCACUUCAUUAGAUCUAGUCCAACGUUACUUCACAUCAAGACCGAUUGAUCUUCCAAAUGAAUCAGACCUCAAUCCAACCAACUCGAUGCAACAUUCUUUUAUCAAAUCAGAUUUAACUUCUUUAAAUGAUUUAAUCAAUUCAUUCGAUCAAAUCAAACCUGAUGUUGUUUUUCAUACUGCGUCUCCUUGGAUAGGUAGUGGUCGAGAAGUUUGUGAAAAGGUUAAUAUUCAAGGUACUGAGAAUGUGAUUGAAGCUUGUAAGAAAUUUGGAGUUCAAAAAUUGGUUUAUACUUCUAGUGCUGGUGUGGUUUAUAAUGGUGAAGAUUUAAUAAAUGUGGAUGAAAGAUUGCCUAUACCUGAAAAUGCUUUGGAUCAUUAUAAUAUUACUAAAGCAAAAGCUGAAGCGAUCGUCUUAAAGGCCAAUGAUAAUGAUAAACUAUUAACAUGCGCAUUACGACCAGCUGGGAUUUUCGGACCAGGUGAUAGGCAGGCUAUUCCGGGUAUCAUCCAAGUUUUAAAGAAUGGACAACAUCGAAUCCAAAUUGGUAGUAACAAGAAUCUGUUCGAUUGGACAUACGUCGAUAACGUAGUACAUGCUCAUCUACUAGCUGCCACAAGACUAGAAGGGAUCGUACCAGUAGCAGGUGAAGCGUUUUUCAUCACAGGUGGAGAACCGGUUUAUUUUUGGGAUUUUACAAGAUCAGUUUGGAAAGCAUAUGCCACAUCCGAACAUCUUCAAGAGACGAAAGAUUACCAACCAAUACCUUCAUUUCUUUGGAUCAUACCUAAAUUUCUUGGAGUCCUUUUAGCUUUAUUAGCCGAACUUUGGUGUAAGGUUUUACAAAAACCUGCAGGAUUUACCACUAGUUCGGUGAGAUAUGCAUGUGCUACUAGGUUUUAUAAUAUUGAAAAGGCUAGAGUUGUUUUAGGUUAUGAACCUGUGGUUGGAGUCGAAGAAGGAAUUUCAAGAGCUGUGGAGGUAAAGAUCUCUUUCUUGCUUUUGUUUUUGUGA